AUGUCUCUCCUCUGGCCACUGUGUGUCCUCCCUCUGCUCUCCCUGGUUACGGCGGUGCUGCUGUCCCCCGACGUCCCCUCCUGCGCCCGCCCGCCCUGCAAGGACAGCCUGGUGGCUUCCCCGUCCACCAGGACAGGGGGGUGUGAGGAGCGGUGGGGUCCUGGGGGGUGCAGGGCGUCCAUCUCUGGCCCCAACGCCCCGAACCCUCCAGCGAGGGCGGAAGACAGACGGGAGGUGAGACAGGGCCAAUCAGAGGUGGGCGAUGUGUCCGAGCGGCUAGCUCAGCUCCAGCGCUGUAUGGGAACGCUCCAGGAACCCGGGGGCCCCCGAGGCCAGAGAGGGGGCUCCCUGGGGGCCACUUUAGCCCUGAUGGCAGCUGUUCUGACAGAGUGCGACCUGCGCUGCCACAGUCAGGCACUGAGGUCAAUGGCCAAACGACUUGAAGCAGCUGCAGUUGGACGUGAGGGAGAGAAAGAUCUCCUGAUAUUCCUGAGAAGCAUCACUCUCCAUGCCCCCACAGUUGCCCCAUCAACAAGGCUGUAUCCACGGGACUGUGCCGAGAUUCAGAAAAUGGGGAUUAAAGAGAACGGAAUCUACACCAUCCAACCAGACCCUCAUCGCCCGGCAGUGGAGGCAGCCUGUGACAUGCAGACGGCCGGCGGAGGUUGGACGGUGUUUCAGAGGCGACGAGACGGCUUGCUGAACUUUAACCGUACCUGGCAGGAGUACCGAGAUGGCUUUGGCGUCCCGCAGGGCGAGCACUGGCUGGGAAACGCAGCACUACACGGCCUGACGGCAACUGGGCAGCACCAGCUACGCGUGCAGCUGGAGGACUGGCACCAGCAGAGACGGCAGGCCACUUACUCCACCUUCAGAGUGGCAUCAGAGGCACACAGGUAUCGUCUGACAGUGCGAGAUUAUUCUGGAGAUGCUGGGAAUGCUCUCAGCUACAGCAAGCGCUAUAAUCACGACGGUCGAGCGUUCAGCACCGCCGACCGAGACCAUGACCGCUACGCGUCUGGAAACUGUGCGCAGUACUACGGAGCUGGCUGGUGGUUCGACUCCUGCCUGGCAGCCAACCUUAACGGCAGGUACUACAGGGGGCGCUACAGUGGACUCACCAACGGCAUAUACUGGGGCACCUGGUACAUCCUGACUGACGCUCGCAGUGGGGAGAGGUACUCCUUCAAGACAGUGGAGAUGAAGACUCGACCACGAGACUUCUGA